AUGUGGCCUACAAGAAACAACUGUCCCUGCCCAAAAGGCACAGACGCCGAAAAUCCAUACUUCCCCGUCCCCGCCAACCCAAACUUCAUCCACCAACCACAAGUCGACGAGAAAACAGCCCUAAUCCUGAACAUCGUCACACCCACACAAACAAGCCCCCAAAACAAAGACGCAGGAAGAGAAAAAUACCCCGUUCUCAUCUGGAUUCACGGCGGCUCCCUCCUCUACGGCAGCGCCAACUACGGCAUGUACGACGCAGUCAACUUCGUCUCGCACAGCGUUGAAAUCGGGUGGCCGGUUCUAGUAGUUAACUUCAACUACCGACUCGGUCUAGGCGGAUUCCUCGCAAGCGAGCAAAUAAGCGAGGAGUUGAAACGAGAUGGUUUUGCCGGGAAUGGCAAUUUUGGCUUCACGGAUCAAAAAGUUGCGUCAGAGUGGGUUGCGAAAUAUAUCGCGUCGUUUGGAGGUGAUCCAGACAACGUCACGGCGUUCGGACAGUCUGCCGGAGCUAUCUCCAUCGGGCAUCAAAUGGCGGCGCGGGAGCCGAUGAGGUUUCAUCGGGCUAUUUGUAUGUCUGGGCUUGGGAGUACGCUUCUCCCACGAUCUCUUGAGGAGCAUCAGGCUAUCUUUGCGGCGACUUGUCGGUAUUUUGAGAUCGAUGAACAUGCACCUGAUGUACUUGAUCAGCUCCGGAGGAUACCCGAACAGAUGAUGGCGGAUGCAGAUCAUAUUAUUCAGGGUGUUCCUUCUGGGACUGGGAAUUCUUGUUUUGAUGGUUGGUUCUAUGCACACGAGCCUUGGGAGAUUGAGCCGGCGCCGCCUUGGAUUCGCUCGUUCAUGCUUGGCGAUGUACAUGAUGAGGGUGUCAUAUUCCAAGUGAAUAUUCGCGAAGACACUUUUGAGACUAUCCGAGAAACGCUUCUGGAGCAGGUUCAAGACGCGUUCUUUGUCGAUGCUGUUCUCCUGGAGUACGGGAUCACGCCUGAGUUAUCCCAUGAGGAUCUGGUUGAAAAGGCGAGUAUCAUGGGUGCAGAGGCCGUUUUCAAAAUCCAUAAUUAUAAAACUGCGCUCGUCAAUACUCAACUACGGAGUCAAUUGUUUAAGUAUCAUUUUGAUCAGCGAUCUCGACUGCCGAAUAUCCUCAAAGGAUUGGCGUACCACGGCAUUGAUGUGUUAUAUCUGUUCAUGAACCUCGACAACAAGCUAAGCAACUCCGAGCGCACCAUGUCGAGGGACCUUGCCUCUGCGUGGAUCAAAUUUGCAUGGGGUCAAGCGCCAUGGGAAAGUGGGACUGAACAUGGACCUUGGGAGUUAUGGGGGCCGGACUCGAAAGAGCAGGUCGAGACGGAGGAGGAGGAUGAGGCUGAAAGACCGAAGUAA